AUAAUAUACCUCGCGCGCGCGCGCACGUAUACACUUGUUUAAUACAUACGUGUUUGUCAUAGAAUAUUUGUAUAAUCGCUUUCUAAACAGUAGUACACGGAAAAUUGAAGAAGGUUGGGAAAGAGAUAAGAUAAAAGGAGGAUAAGACUAGAAUAGAAUGUCAAACUUAUGGGAAACGUAGUUAUAGCCGCGGUUGUAUUAUGAAGCGAUAUGCCUUGCACGUGUCAACUGCCAAUUCUACGCCAGUAUUUAGCAUUGUCAAAAUUGAUCCAAAUUCGGAGUUCCAGCUUAAACGACUGAAAAAAUAUGCAUAAGUUAUGCUGUAUACUGGUUACGAUGUGAAUUGCUCACUAUAGGGGAAAGUAACUAGUGUGGUGAGCACUGAGCACCGAUGCUAUUGGAAUUGAAAAAUUUUGUGAAGUCACGAGAGUUGGCUGCAGUCUGUUUUACUAAAAUGUUUCGACGGAGCAAACAGACUACUUUCGCGCGUCUUGCGCUACUACUACUGACAGGAGGCAUUGAUGCGAACUUUUCAAAUUCCAAUGGGAAAAAUAAUUUGUUUCAUAGCAGAAAGGUAUAUUAGCGUCAUAGUUAUAUUUUUCCUUAACAAACACAUCAGCAUCACUUUAUGCAGCUCUAUACAUACCUAUGCGACUUGCGAGGGUUGAAAAUUCCAGGCCUAUUCUAGGCAUAAACGCGAAUGCAGUAGGAGGUUAGGCGGCGCUAAGCUUGAUUUGCAUUAGUCACAUUGUUGUGUGCACUACUCGCAACGAUAGGUUAUAAUUGGUGUGGGGAUCCGCCGAAGGCGAGAAAUAUAUCAUUGACGAAAGUAAUACAUUAUAUCAAGUUGAUCAAGACGGUAUUGUAUUUAUCCAAGUCAAAGGUUAUGCAGCGAUGGAACUCGGCGAAAAAAACCGGAGCAGCGCAAGUUCUCCUUGCAUCAGCGGUAUUUUCGGCUGUCUGGUCCUCUCCAUUGUUUAUGUGGCGAGCCUCUAUGUGUGGAGAUCGCCUCUUAACAGGGAUCACCCGAGUCUCAUAAAGCGAAGAUUUUUCAGUGUUUUUGUUAUGACAAUACUUUCUCCAUUAUUUUUAUAUUUUGGAAUAAACGAGCAAUUUUAUCAAGGCGCAACGAUCUGGGAAUUACUAGGAUUAAGAUGGCCUGGAAUAAUUCAAGCCACUGUUAUACCUUUGUGUCUUACUAUGAUUCUUUUUUUGGGACCACUUUACAUGCAAGGACACAAUGGAUUGUGGCGAGUAUAUGUCGAGCCGAAUUUCUGGUUAGGAAAUGCUAAAUGUUUACUCUUGUGGAGAAACCUAAUAAUAGCUCCGCUCUCGGAAGAAUGGACAUUUAGAGCGUGUAUGCUGCCGUUGUUACUACAGUGUUUCGCACCAACGACUGCAAUUUUUAUAUGCCCCCUUUUUUUUGGCGUGGCUCAUUUUCAUCACCUUGUCGAGAAUACAAGGAAAGGAAUGAACUUUAAAACAGCUCUUUUGAGUUCAUGUUUCCAAUUCGCAUACACAACAGUAUUCGGAGCAUAUGCUGCAUUUCUAUUUGCUAGAACAGGACAUUUUGCGGCAGCAUUUACGGCUCAUUCAUUUUGUAACCAUAUGGGUUUUCCUGAUCUCUCUGAAGUUUUCGCCUACGAAGAUUCAUUUAAAAGAACGAAACUAUUUUCAAUAUUCGCGUUAGGUCUAAUAGCGUGGUGUUUAUUAUUGACACCACUGACAAAUCCUAGUUGGUACAGCAAUAACCUAUUUUGGCAAAAACAUGCAGUCGCGUGAAAAAUGUUUAUAUUGUUAUCAGACAAAUAUUUCAAUGACAACAAUUUUAUUCAUUAUUUUGUUACGAUAGACUUGUAUACUUGUUACCUCAAUUAACUUUGCGAAUCGACAGAC